AUGUUUCGCUGGUUAAGAGCCUUGGCAGUGGACGCAGCAUACUUUUACUCUCUGGACAACUCCAGGGUUACGGCGUUGCUGGUUUUGCUCGGGCGUAAACGCAAGAAGAAACCCAACAAUGUAUCUCAAAUACCAAUCAUCACAUUGGACGAAGCAGUUCAAAACAGGGAUCUUCAAAGCUUCCAAACCGCUGGGGAAGCUCUUGCCCAGCAAUUCUCCCAAAAGAAAGUCCCAGCGCUGGUGUCAAAAUACCUCUACCCUAGCCUGGACCAUGUGCGAUCGUUUCAUUCCGGAAUCUCGUCUGCAACCCAGUACGAGCCAACCGCUGCGCUGGUCUGGGGCGUUCUUCUCGUUGUGAUCCAGUGCGGCUGUAUCUUCGCAGAAUCCAUUGAAGAGAUCAUAUCUCAGCUCGGCGCCCUUCAAAGCCUUCUACCUUUCCUCGAGAGAGAUCUGGGCCUAUACCCAAAUAUCAAGUCCGUUGAGCUCAGCUUGCGGGCCAUUUUUGAGGAUUACAUUGAUUUCUGCUUGGUUAUUGUCCGACAUCUAGCUGGGAAGCCGGUGUGUACGUGCUGA